AUGGACUUCCUGAAGAAACUCAGCAGCGAUGCCACCGACAAGCCAGAAGACCAAAACCCCGACCACCACAAGACAUCGGCUUCCGAUCUCUUAUCCAGCGCCAAACUGGUUGCUGACGCCGCCAAGUCAUCUUUUGGCGGCGGCAGCGACUCUGUUGACAAGGGCAAAGUCGCCGGUGCCACUGCCGACCUUCUCGGAGCUGCUUCCGAUUAUGGAAAAUUGGAUCAAACCAAAGGUUUUGGUAUGUAUGUUGAGAAGGCUGAGAACUAUCUCCAUGAGUACGAAGGGUCUCAUUCUGCUCCUCAUGGUUCCGGCUCCGAGCCGACAAAGGCAGAGGAGCCGCCGAAGAAGGAGAACGCCGCCGAGAAGAAAGACGGAGGAUUUGAGGGUGGGGGUUUCUCGGAAAUGGCUGAAAUGGCUGGAUUUUUGAAGAAAUGACACUUUUCGGCAACUGUUCUUUUUUAUUUUUAUGUGGUUUGUGUAAUUUCUUUGUAGAUAAGGGUUUGCAUUAUAUGCUAAACCUUAACCUAUGAUGAAUUUGCAUGUACUAAUUAAUAUAAUAUAUGUUAGAUGUGUGGUCUUUGUCUUCAAAAA